AUGUUUAGAGCGAGUUAUACUUUCGACCCCCUUAUCCAUCCCCCGCGGCCUCCCACCCCGUCGCGCGCCUCGUCGCCUAGUCGCACGCCACUUCCCCUCGUCGCGCGCGCCCUGCCCUACCUCGUCGUGCGUCCUGCCCUCCCGUCGCGCGCAAGCGCUCUGCCUCUGCCGUCGCGCGCGCACGACCUGCCCGCCGCCAUCACUCUCCCCGCCGCCCAUUCUCUCCUUUCCGCGGCCGCCCUCCCUUCCCCCCCUUUCGCGGGCAUUUUCCCCUCCCUUCGUGGUGCGCCGAACCCCUCCUUUCCCCCCCUUCUCCUGCCUCUUUCGCACCACCUCCUCCCUCUCCGCUCAUCACAUCCGCCUCUUACACUCCUCCCCCUCUCUUCUCUCCUCCCUACCCUUCGUGCUCCUCCUCCCUUCCUCCACCUCCUUUCUCUCUGCCUCUCCUGCAACUAG